AUGCCCCAGCUCUGGGUGAAGGCGAAACCCAGCCGCAGUAGCCUCGCUGGGCCAGGGAAGCAGCCCCGAGUUUACAUCGUCCUGGAGCUUCACAACCCCAGCCAGGAAGGGGUGAGGGUUGCUGGCCGCUGGCCACAGAGCCAGGGCGGGCAGCACAGGACCCGCCUGGAGAGGGGCUCCGCCGGCUCGAGGAAGAGGACACAGCACAAGGGCACGCUGCCUGCGGCCGGGAACACCACCCAGCCCGCAAGAUACUUGGGAUCGCGUCAGACGCAGCUGCGGCGGGCGGCCCGGGCUGCCGUGGGCCCCCGGGUGAGGGGCCACCUGGAGGAUGGCCGGCAGCACCUCAGGACCUUGGGGGGAGGAGGGGGAGGACCCGGACGCCCUGCGCCGCCACGGGCUACACCGCCUGCCUGCUGCCCGAAGCGGGGGGGGGGGGGGCGGUGGGGGGCGGUGGGGGCGCAGCCCAAGGCGGGUGCUCUGGAUGCAAACCUGGAGUCGGGACCCGCUCACCGGGGCGCCGGAGUUUGCGGACGUGCUGGCCCAGCCACACCGCCCCUCCUGCCCCACGGUCAGCCGUGGCGCACCUCGCACUCACGGAGGGGCCACGGUCAGGCCGGAGGUCUAACGGCCAGAGCGGCAGACUGGAGGCCUUGGUCGGAGACAGGUGCGGCCCAGAGCGGGGCUUUUCCCCAGUACGUUCAGGAAACUGCCUCCUUCAGGGUGCCCUCCAGCAGGCCAGCCAGGGGACCCCCUUCCCCCCCCACCCGGCCCCCUGCCCCAUCCGAGUUCAGACUGAAGACCACUCUCCCUGUUGCAGCAGCAGACCUGGGAUCGGAGCCUGCAGACAACACGGCAGGAGGAUGCCGAGAUGAUCCUGAGUGUUCAUUAAACCAGUUCAAAGUCCUGUUACUGGGCAUCUGUGAUGUUGGAAAUGGAAAUUUUAAAGGUUAUUUUUUGCACACCCCGUUUCUCACUAUCUUCAUUAUUUCACAUAGGGUAUGAUUUUCUAGGUCUUCCACUUCUAACCGGAAAGCUGCUUGGUGGGGGUGGGGGAGCAAACUGAGCGAACUUGUCUGCACUGUGGCAGAACUGUUAUUUUUAUGGAUUUUACAGCUCAACUAACAGUGUUACCUUUUCAAGAUUUAUAUAUUUAUAUACUCUUAAGAAAAACCACUGAGCCGUUAAAGCCUUGUUAUUACUCGAUCCUAAUAGUGAUUCCGUUUUCUGUAGCUUUUAGGGUAGAAGGUAAAUUAUUUAACGUUCUAUUAAACUUUCCAUAUCAUGGAUUGUAAACCGAAGGAAAUUAUACAAAUUUCUGAGAAAAUGUAUUGGUUUAUUUAAACUAGUUCCAAAGUUGUCUUUGCAAGUAUGACCUCACAGUCUUGUCCACAGCAAACAUAUCUAUAUAUGGUUGCCAGCAUUUGGCUUAUAAUUUAAAUAUUAACAAAAAUCUUAAAUUUUAUUGGAAAAACUUUCCUUCUGAAAAGGACUUAAAAAACAUCAGUAUUUUUCUUCUCA